AUGGACGGCGGGGCUCAGCCGCCGGACGCGGAGAUGGCGGACGCCGGGGCGGCGGUGCCUGGGGCGGGUGCGGGUGCGGCGGGGACGAUGGAGAACAUCCAGGCGACGCUCAGCCAUGGGGGCAGGUUCAUCCAGUACAACAUCUUCGGCAACGUCUUCGAGGUCACCGUCAAGUACAAGCCCCCCAUCCUCCCCAUCGGCAAGGGCGCCUACGGCAUCGUCUGCUCCGCGCUCAACUCGGAGACCGGGGAGCAGGUGGCCAUCAAGAAGAUCGCCAACGCCUUCGACAACAAGAUCGACGCCAAGCGGACGCUCCGGGAGAUCAAGCUGCUCCGCCACAUGGACCACGAGAAUAUUGUUGCAAUAAGGGAUAUUAUACCUCCUGCCCAGAGGAAUUCGUUCAAUGACGUCUAUAUUGCAUAUGAACUGAUGGACACCGAUCUGCAUCAAAUUAUUCGCUCAAAUCAAGCUUUAUCAGAGGAACACUGUCAGUAUUUCCUCUACCAAAUUCUUCGUGGCUUGAAGUAUAUACAUUCGGCAAAUGUUCUUCACCGAGACUUGAAGCCGAGCAAUCUUCUUUUGAAUGCAAAUUGUGACCUAAAGAUAUGCGAUUUUGGGCUUGCUCGUACCACCUCAGAAACUGAUUUUAUGACUGAGUAUGUUGUGACAAGAUGGUACAGGGCACCAGAGCUUUUGUUGAACUCUUCCGAAUACACGGCAGCAAUUGAUGUAUGGUCUGUGGGUUGUAUAUUUAUGGAACUGAUGGAUAGGAAACCUUUGUUUCCAGGAAGAGACCAUGUUCAUCAGCUGCGUCUACUAAUGGAGCUCAUCGGGACGCCAAAUGAGGCUGAUUUGGAUUUUGUAAAUGAAAAUGCAAGAAGAUAUAUCCGCCAACUUCCCCGUCAUGCAAGGCAGUCCUUCUCUGAAAAAUUUCCACAUGUCCACCCUUCAGCAAUUGACUUGGUUGAGAAGAUGCUGACUUUUGAUCCUAGACAGAGAAUAACAGUUGAAGGUGCACUUGCACAUCCUUACUUGGCAUCGCUGCAUGACAUUAGUGAUGAGCCAGUGUGCACGAUGCCCUUCAGCUUUGACUUUGAGCAGCAUGCAUUAUCAGAAGAACAAAUGAAGGAUCUAAUCCACCAAGAGGCCCUAGCAUUCAACCCUGAUUACCAGUAG